AUGACUUCUUUUACUAAGUUGAAUGCGCAGGAGCAGGAUGCUCCUGUCAUCUCUGUUCACCCUUCGCGACGCAUCUCGAAGAUUAAUCCCAAUAUCUAUGCUGGAUUCACGGAGCACAUGGGUCGGUGUAUCUACGGAGGCAUCUAUGACCCUGGCAACCCUUUGUCAGACGAAAACGGAUUUCGCAAGGAUGUCCUCGGGGCGCUGAAGGAUCUCAACAUCCCUGUUGUUCGGUAUCCCGGCGGAAACUUUUGCGCGACCUAUCACUGGAUUGAUGGCGUCGGUCCAAAGGAUCAGCGACCAGCUCGACCUGAGCUAGCUUGGCUUGGAACAGAGACAAACCAGUUUGGAACUGAUGAGUUCAUGAAGUGGUGCGAGGUGCUUGACACCGAGCCUUAUCUGUGCUUCAACUUUGGAACAGGCACUCUUGAUGAAGCUUUGGGAUGGCUGGAGUACUGUAACGGAACUGGAAACACAUACUAUGCCAAUAUGCGACGGAAGAAUGGUCACGAGGAGCCAUACAAUGUCAAAUACUGGGCUCUCGGAAACGAGACAUGGGGACCAUGGCAAGUGGAGCAGAUGACCAAGGAAGCAUACGCACACAAAGCCCUCCAAUGGGCCAAAGCCCUCAAGCUCCUUGACCCAAGCAUCAUCCUUAUCCUCUGCGGUCAAGACGGCACCGCAACAUGGGACUACUACACCCUAAAGCACUGCCUCCUCCCCGCGCACUCCGCACUCUCCACAAGCGCAGUGCCUCUUAUCGACAUGCACAGCAUCCACCUCUACACCUGCUCAUCCACCCACCUCCCCAACGCCACAGCCCCCCUAGCAGCCGAGCGCGCCAUCGAAAUAACCUCCUCCCUCAUCGAUCUCGCCCGCAUCGAGAACAACGUCCCGCCCUCCCAGCCCCGUCCCACAAUCUGCUUCGACGAAUGGAACGUCUGGGACCCCAUUCGCGCCGAAGGCAGCCAAGGCGCAGAAGAGAGCUACACGCUCUCUGACGCGCUCGCCGUCGCCGUCUGGCUGAACGUCUUCAUCCGCAAGAGUCGCGAUCUGGGCAUGGCUUGCAUUGCGCAGAGCGUGAAUGUCAUCUCGCCGCUGAUGACGACCAAGGAGAAGAUCAUUAAGCAGACGACCUGGUGGCCGUUGUACUUGUUCUCGAAGUUCAUGCGUGGGUGGACGGUUGCGGCGCAUGUUUCUUGCGGGGUUUAUGAGGGGGAGACGCAGCCGAAGUGGUUGCGGGGUGCUGUUGACACGCCUUGGUUGGAUGUUAGUGCGAGUGUUGGUGAGGAUGGGUAUGCGAAUCUCGCGGUUGUGAAUAUUCAUGAGGAGAAGGCGUUUGAGACUGUUGUUGAGGGGGUUGUUGGGGAGGCACAGGUGUUUACUGUUACCGGUGGGGAUGUGAUGGUUACGAAUAUGAAGGAGAAGGAGGAGGUGAGAGUUGAAGAGUCUGUUUGGAAUGGGUCGGGGAAAUAUGUUUUCCCUAAGCACUCUCUUACUUUGUUGCGGUGGAAGGUUGAGUAG